AUGAAGCCCUAAGGAGGGUUAGGAGCCCUAGUGUCGUAUACUCUAGAGAAUGUAUAGAUGUAUAAUUAGCGCCUUAUUCCAAAGCGCUUUGCAGCAGUUUUCACAUUGUAUGUACAAUGAUAGUGGUUCAGAUAAUGGGUGGGAUUUUUAAAAGUGGUCGUGGUGACAGGAGAACACAAUACCUGUCAACCCCUUGAUCAGUGGCUACCUUAUUACAGAUCAAUUCAGACCUUAUUGAUAACCCUGUGCUCUUAUAAAUCUCAGCGUUCAUCCUGCAAAGUCCCAUCACAAGGGAGAAACACAAACAAACAAAACAAUAGUUUUUGCCCGUAUUGAAACGGCUGUACACCGUAUGGACGUGAAAACGCAAUUUCCCUGUACAAGAACACGGGGUAAACCGUGGGUUGGCGGGUAUGAGAGCAGGUAUGUAUGUACUGUGUGUAUGUUGAACUUCUUUUGCACACUACGUAGGUUAAGGAGGGGUUGGGGUUAGACCUGCUCACAGCUGGGGGGCAGGUGGAAAGCAUGAUGGGCCUGGGAGAAGAGAUGGGUUUUAAGUGAGGAACAGAAAUGAUGCACCCAUCAUCACUGGCAUUACCUGCAGAGUGGUGGAGACAGGACACUCUUCACAGUGAUGAAUGGCAAGCUCAUACCAUACACGCCACUGGCUGUGGAUUUGUGGCGGGUGGCCAAGUUCCCCGAGGCGAGGAUUUUCUUCCUGAGCCAUAUGCACGCCGAUCACACAAGUGGACUCACCCCGACUUGGAGCCGGCCAAUCUACUGCUCUCCCAUCACCGCCGUGCUCCUCAAACACAAAUUUAACAUUGCUGACAAGUUCAUUCGCCCGCUGGAGCUGGGAGAGAGCCACUGUGUGCCCUUAGAUGGAGUGGGCAAGGAGACGAUGACGGUGACACUCAUUGAUGCCAACCACUGCCCGGGUGCCGUCAUGUUUCUGUUCCAAGGUUACUUUGGCAACAUUCUGUACACAGGUGAUUUUAGGUUUAUUCCAGAGAUGCUUAAGCUGCCUCUGCUGCAAACCAAUAUUAUCAUCGAUGUUCUGUACUUGGAUAACACAUACUGCCCUUCAAAGUGGCACUUUCCUUCACGAGAAGAUGCCACAGAAGAGAUCAAGAUAAUAAUACGAAACCACCCAGACCAUCAGGUUGUCAUCGGCAUAUAUUCACUCGGGAAAGAGUCUCUGCUGGUAGAGCUGGCAAUGGAGUUUGGGUGGCUGGGGGUAAGUCCAGAACGCAUGGAGACGCUGCAGCUGCUUGGCCUGCCCAACGUGUUCACGACGGCCAUAGAGGAGUGCCGCUUACGGGUCGUGGACGCACACCAAUUGAACAGCCGCAGCGUGGCACACUGGAACUGCGAGUGGCCCACCAUCGCUGUGCUGCCUUCAGGCAACCGUGCCGGCCGCCAGUCGUGCGACUCCAUUUUCAUCGUACCCUACUCGGACCACUCCUCUUACGGCGAGCUGCGCCAAUUUGUCGCCGGGCUGCAGCCGCGAGCCAUCGUGCCCAUCGUCAAGGGGCCCAGUUGCGAGGGAUACUUCAGGGAGUUCCUCAGCACCGCGCAGAGCAGCCAGAGUAUCAUUAUUCCGGAGUCGGUGCAGAGGUUCAUGCAGGAAGGCGGGGUUUCUGCCUGCAGUAAUAAUUGUUUGCCGAAAAGGAGAGCGCAGAUUUUUCGGACCUCCAGAACGCACAUCCCCAAGGGGGUUUGCUUUGACAGUCCAAAAUCUUCAAUUGCAAAACAUUCGCCUCCACGUGUCAUAAUUUCAAGUUCUGAGGAUGACGAUGAAGCUGGCGAUUAUGAUUCCAUGCGUGUUGUAAAAAAUGAAGAUGACAAGUCCUUUACCUUGCCUUCUGAAUCUAUUGCAAUCCAGUUAAGCUUUGAGAAUGGUAACAUAAGUGAUUCAAAAUCGACCAAAGUAAUCAUGGACACAAAGUCUUUCUACAAGUCAACUGUUGAGGCUUCAGUUCAUUCACAUGCCCAUAAAUCUAGAGUGAAAAGGAAACUUGAUUGUGCAGAAAGUCUGAGCUCGGAGUCCUUCACAAAGCAUGCAACAUGCGUCGAAGAUAAAUGCUCUUUUGACUCGUUGCCUCCCCCUUCACGGCGGCCGUAUGACGGCAAAGGCGACCGGCAAGGUGCAUCGAGCGAAGCGCGCGUUUUAACAAACUCUCCUAAAUCCGCUGAUGGUCCCUGUCUUGUUGGUGCACUUUCGUGCAAGAGUGAGGACCAUCCUGUGGACUUUCACACACCAUUGAUGGGUGGCAGACUUUCUGUUAUUCUCAAGAGAAAAGUGCAGAGCUGCAGCCAGACCCAGGCUGGAAAAUGUAACCUCAUAUUGUCCCCACUUCAUGCCUUUUUGAGUGAAAAGGAGAAGAGGUUGCGCUUUAAUCGACUUGUGGAGAAGUGCAUGCAGCAGAGGAAAUGAACGCACCGUUAGGUGGCGUCUUGCUGGAGCAAGCAGGUUAAUUCUGCAAACGAAACUAGCAUAACUUUCUAUAAACGUAUUAUACUGUACAUGUGUAAUUAAAUUAUUAACUGUGUUUUUGUUUUUAAACUUGUUUUCAUUGUUUGCAUUAUUUACAGCAUAACUUUGUUUUUUUUUACACGUUUAAAAGUUGUAUUUGUGGGGAUUAAAGGACUUGUUCACACUGAAGGGUCAUUGCAAAACGCUUCCCGAAUUCAAUUUCAUAAUUCACCCGCUCAUCUCUGGUACAGAAGCACACGCAGGGGUAGGUAAUGGUUACAUGCUUGAAUCACCAAUUUCUCCUUUACAAAGGGGUGUGAGGUACACACGUCUUUCAUCAUCAUAAAGGACACAAGUCUGGCCAUCGUCAAUAUAGAACUCGCCCGGGUGUAUUCAUGUUUCACGUAACAUAGCCACCCACAUUACAUGAGGGAUUUGGUGGGGGUGCCGAGUGGAACGUUGAAAGGGGGCGUUUUUGCUCGGUCACUGCAUUUGUUGGUCUGUUCAAUAAAUACCUGAAAAGAAUAAACACGGGUCUGGAACUUCUCUACAACUACUGUGAUUUUAAAACAUGUAAUGCUUUGUAUAUCUGCUUUGGGCCAUACAUUUGGGAUGGCUCAAAAAGUAUGUGAAAUCUUCAAUGUGCCAU